CGUCGCGAAUGUUACAAAAAUCUUAUCGUGGGUACAAACCGUAGCACCAGUAAAUUGUACUGUAAUUGUUAAAUAUUUAUUUUUAUCAUUUCGUAAACAUAGCGCUUUAUGUGAAGGACUAUUGUCUAUUGUGGCGUUGUGCAGUUGUGUUAGUGUUAUUAUAGUACUUGUUGCCGUAGUUGCCGGUUGCCCUAGUACGGUUUAUCCAUGACGAUAAUAAUUCUAACAUUCGAGCAUCUUUGGUUCCGAAGCCGUCUUCAUUAAUAGGCCAAAUUUUAUCAUUAGACGUUCAUUUUGACUUCCACAUUGAUCGUUAUACAUUAGUAGAUACCUGAUUUCUACUAUUUUUGAUAUUAAUCAAACUUGUUUUACACUUUGGACACGCAUCAUUCAUAUUCAGCACGAUGGAAUUGUUACAUUUGGCGCCAGAGACAUUAAAUUUUCAUUGUCCAUUUAAUGCGUCACAUACAAUGCCACAAAAGACAUUAACUAAGCAUAUAACGAAGUGCCCGGAUAAACCACCCCAUUUUAGGCAUUGUAUUUACAAUUUAGCACAUGCAAUGCCUGAAUCGGAAUUGAAGGAUCAUGAAGAAAAUUGUCCAAAUAGAAUUUUAAUUGAUGUAGUUGUUUAUCAAUCAGAAGAUAUGGUACGUCCAAGUCCUAACGUUGAAAAUUUACCAUCAAUCAAGUAUGAAGAAUCUUGGGAUGGUUUGGAACAAACCUCUGAAAUAAUGAAGACCAUCAAAACAAAAACAGCAUCGAUGAAAGCAACUCAUGGCAUGACAAAAUCAGAACGUAAACAACAUCGCAUCAAUUUACAUGAAAAUGAUAUUCAUAACGUUAACAAUAAAGGAUUAAACGAUGGGAAGAAACAGAAUAAGAAUAUGGAAACAAAACCAUUAUUCAUUGGAAAGAGACCCAACACAUAAAAGUCUUAAGCAAUAAGUUUUAAAUGUUUAAAUACACUAAAAGUUUUCAUUUAUUUGACUGAAUUAAAAUCUUAUAUAACAAACAUUUACGGUAUACAAUUUGUUUUUUUUUUAUUUUUUCAUAUUUUGGUUGAUUUUUAAUAUUGUACUAAGUAUUCCUACCUAUUUUAAUAAUUUUGCAAACAUUUUUAAUAAACAAUAAUGUUAAACAUCCAUAGUUGUUAAAUAAAUAAAAUUGUAUUCAAUUUUUUUUAAUAGCUAACAAAGAAAAAGGAUUAUUAUUAAUUUAAUAUUUUAUAUGGUUUUUUUUUAACCUUGUUUUAAAUUGUAUGUCAUUAAUUCCAUUACUUAUUUAAUUUAAUUUUAGUUGUUGUAUUAUCAGUAAUUUUUUAGCAAGAUGGGUCUAUAUAAUAUUAAUAAAAAUUGUUAAUAAAA